GCACAGAGCGCAGCAGCAGAGGCGGCGGCAGACAGAGAGUACUCUCUAAACGUCCAAGUAACUUGACCCUUACGGGUUUCCAUGGAGGUAUGUUUUCCCAUUUAAAAGCUUUGUGAACCAGCCUGAACAUUUUGAGGCUCAUCCAAACCUUAAGUCCCCACAGCGCGCGCACAGUGGAUGGGAGAGUGCAGAAGCGCUUCGGAUGUGGAUUAGGACUUUAUGUCGGCCUAAAGGACAUUCACCCGUUCCUCAGUCAUCUCACUCGGACAGAGACAGAGGGACCUUGAUGGAGUUUUUAUGUGGGAUCCGCUAGGAUGGACGUAGUAGAUGAGACAGAGGCGCUACAGAGGUUUUUUGAAGGUCAUGAUAUUAGCAGCUCUCUGGAGCCAACCAACAUCGACACCAGCAUCCUGGAAGAGUACAUCAGCAAAGAGGACGACUGCGCAGACAUCUGCUUCACAGAGGUGCACAGCGGCCCCGGAGUGCAGUACCCUUCUCCCCAGGCAGGCGUGUCCUCUGGGGGGCUGCUGUGUGCGGUGAGCCCCCCUGUCCCUCUCCGACACACCACUACAGCUCUGUCCGGGCCCAACAACUGUCCCAGUUACCCCCCUCCUCCACCCGUGCACCGCCAAAACUACCCGUGCCCUGCCCUGGGACCACAGCAGGCUCCGGUCAAGUCAGAGCACAGAGGCCCCUACGCUCCAGGGACCCUGCCAGAGUCACCUCCAGACUCCAGCUCUGAGCCCUACUCUCCUCAGCAGGUGAAUGAUCCUCACAUGAUCAGAACGAUGACCCCAGAGAACAUGUGUCAUAUGACCCCGACCCCACCCCUCCCUCCCGGUCACUAUCCCAGCAUGCAGCGGGACAUGUUCCUGAAGCCGGAGCCCAUGAUCUCGCAGUACUCCAUGGGCCCCACCACCAGCGCUGGAGACAUGGGCCAGACUCACAUGCUGCACCACAUCAUGCAGCAUCCACAGGGACAGGAUGGCAUUCCAUCUCAUCAGGCAAAGAAGAGGAAGCACUCCGAUUCUCCCAACAGCACUUUGAAUUCCAAUCUCCUCACAGGUAUCAUCAAACAGGAACCAGGAUUGAUGCAAGAUUCAGACAGCGCUUACUUGGACCCCAACUAUCAAUGCAUCAAGUGGCAGCCGCACCAGCAGAACAAGUGGAGCCCUCUGUAUGACACAGACUGCAAAGAACUUCCAAUGCCAACAUACCGCGUAGAUGCAGACAAGGGCUUUAACUUCUCCCUGGCUGAUGACGCGUUUGUUUGUCAAAAGAAGAACCACUUCCAGGUGACGGUGUACAUAGGCAUGCUGGGAGACCCCAAGUACAUCAAAACACAGGAGGGGCUGCAGCCAAUCGAGUGCUUCUACCUCAAACUGAACGGGGUCAAGGUGGAGGCUAUGAACCAGUCCAUCAGUGUGGAGCAGUCCCAGUCUGAUCGCAGCAAGAGGCCCUUCAAACCAGUGCUGGUCACGUUGCCUCCGGAGCAGGUCACCAAGGUAACGGUGGGGCGACUUCACUUCAGUGAAACCACAGCCAACAACAUGAGGAAGAAGGGCAAGCCUAACCCCGACCAGAGGUACUUCAUGCUGGUGGUGGCCCUGCAUGCUCAGGCCCUCUCUCAGAGCUACACAGUGGCUGCUCAUGUGUCAGAGAGGAUCAUCGUCAGGGUAACAUCAUGUUUCUAUGCUUCAAACCCUGGUCAGUUUGAGAGUGACUCGGAGGUGCUGUGGCAGCGCGGGCAGGUGCCAGACUCUGUGUACCAUCACGGCAGAGUGGGCAUCAACACAGACCGCCCCGACGAAGCUCUGGUCAUCCAUGGAAACAUGAAGGUCAUGGGGUCACUGGUGCAUCCGUCCGACCUGCGUGCCAAGGAGAAUGUCCAAGAGGUGGACACCACAGAUAAUUUAAAGCGGAUAUCACAGAUGAGGCUGGUCCAGUACCAGUACAAGCCUGAGUUUGCUGCUACUGUGGGGAUAGACAACACUGCAGAGACUGGGGUGAUUGCUCAGGAGGUUCAGAAGAUUCUGCCUGAAGCCGUGAAGGAGGGAGGAGACGUGGUCUGUGCGAAUGGAGAAACAAUUCCAAAUCUGUUAGUCGUCAACAAGGAGCGUAUCUUCAUGGAGAACGUGGGUGCGGUGAAGGAGCUGUGUAAACUCACAGAUAACCUGGAGACGCGUAUCGAUGAGCUGGAGCGCUGGAGCCGAAAACUGGCCAAACUGAGACGACUGGACAGCAUGAAGAGCACCGUGAGCGGAGGGACUGCCAGUCAAGCAGGAAGUUAUUUCAGCCGGACAGGGAGUGGGCCUCUCAGGAAGAAAAGCACCAAACCUGGGACCAAGACCCCAACUGCAGACCAGGGCUGCAUCAGCCAAAAGUUCAUGCAGGGGACUAUCCUGGCCCUGGUGGUGGUGAUGGCUUUCAGUGUAAUAUCCAUGUCCGUGCUGUACGUGCUGACUCUCCACCACAAAGGAGACAUCACAGAGCGAGAUGGGACCAAAACUGCGUUGGGAAUCUUCCGUAAAAGUACUUUCGCUCCCAUGUCCACCACUCCUCCACCAGCAUCAUUAUCUACCAAUCACACAACUACAGUUAUAAUGCCAACCAUCAACCAGUCAACCACAGAAGUGGACACACUGCUGCCCACACAAAGCACCGUGAAGAAGGCCAAGUCCCGGCCCAUAGACAAAGACGGACACAGAAACCGCCUCAGUCACACUUCACCUCCAUUUUACUUCCCCAAGUCCAAAAAAAGCCCCGACCAGCAGGGGGCAGGAGCGAACCAUCUACCCCAGGGCCAGCAGCCAGGGACCAGGCGACAGCGCAGUGUGCCCCCCAGUGGAGGAAAACGGCCCUCCCUCCUCUCUGUGCACAUCCCAGAGACAAACCAAACAGUCGAAGUGCAAAAAUGUGUAAGAGAUGACAACUGCAUAUACACUGUGUCACUGACUGGGAGCAGAAACUCAUACAUUUCCAAAAUCACAUUAAAUUUGAGGUUUGGGAACAGUGUGUGGCUGCGACAGUGUGGACAGGACAGAGGACACACUCUGGACAGUGGACAGCACACAGGGACAAAGAGCAGCCAGCACCUGCUGUCAGUGCCCCUGCGAUACUGGGGUGCCACCCUUCACCUACGAGCCUCUGUGUCUGGUGAAGUUAUCUGUUCUGCUGACGGACACAGCACUUCCACAGAUUACUAUUUCCGGCUCCGUAGCAGCUGUGCUUGAGGACUCUUUGUUUGCUGGCCCGGGGUGACAGCAUUCUUGUACAUACAAAAUUCCCACUCAAAUGUUUUUAUUUUCUGUACAUGUACAUUUAAUCACGUCUGACUUCUGUUAGCCCUGGAUCUUUAUCAAAACAUUAUUUUAUAGUUUGCAUAUUCGUAGCACUAUAGAGUUCCACAUUGUCUAUUAUGUCAGAUAUACAAAUCUCACUGUGCGGCAUUAUCAGUAUCCAUGGGUUUCAGAUUAAAAUUAGAAUUGUUAUCAUAGCAAUUAACAGUUCAAAACUAUUUGAAGUAGUAGUAUUAUUUGAGUGGUCAAAAGUCCUCAAAAUGGCAUCUAUAAACAGAAAUCUGAAACUCAUGAAUAACCCCAUGGUAUAAUAAUUAUUUCAAAAUUGUGGAGAGGUUCAUGGUAUAUUGUUUAAAUUAUUGUUUUUAAAUGCCAUGACAAACCUUUUGCAAUCAUUAUUUCAAAAAUAUUCAAACUAAAAGUGUUUAAUAACAAUAAUCAAGUCUUCAUGUUGGCUGCAGCUAAACAGAGCAAAGGAUCAUGGUAUGUGCUGUUGUCAUACUACACCAAAACCAUGAAUUUAAACCACUUUUAUAUACUGUAAGUCCAUGAAAAUAUUAUGAGACUUUUGAUAUCGCAAUAUUGCCUGUAUUGUUACUUCCCUACUAAUUGCGUAAGGUGACCAGUGCUGAAAAUGUAACUUUUGGUUUCUAUAUGAUUCAUUCACAGACACAGUGAGUAUUGGUGGUGGAUGACAAAUGCAGAGGGCUCAGCUGAAUGGGGGCAGUUAUAUUGAACAUACUGUAUACCUCAGUCGUGUACACUGGUAAAUGAACGCUCACAGAGGGGCUUUGUGCUGUACAAACUGACCACUGUGUAUAAAUAUGUGUGUGUGUGUAUGUGUGUGUGUGGGUGUGGGGGUGUGGGGGUGGGUGUGUGUGUGUAUGAGGCCAAGAGAACAAGAAAGACACUGGUCGUACAGUGUCCUCAACUAAUACAGGCACGCUUGGCCAAUAUUUGAGAGAAGGAUAUUAGAUCAUUUUCUUUUAAAAAUUCAAGAUUCAAAAAUGUGUAAAUAAAGUUAGAACAACAUUGUGAAACAUGUAUGUGAUCCACAAUAUGUUGCAAGUUAUUUCUCAUUUUUGUCUUAAGAAACAGAAGAUAUUCCAGCUAUAAUUUAACAUCAUUGCAAUAAUUGGUGAUUUUGUUUAAUCAGCCUGGUAUUUCUCUCAACAGAUUGUCAGGAGGGUAGAAAACUCCAGUUAAUUUAGUCUUAGGUUCAAAAAUUCUCCAAAACAAAUACACAAACUUACUUGAAUGAUUUUAGAUUUUAUAAGUGACGCUUGUAUUAGUAGAGGCCACUGCGGUCACACUGGAAGACUUAUUGACACUGGACUGUGAACCAUCACUGGAAGCACACAUAGAAUAACACUGACUUUUAUUUUGUAAUAUUGUUAAUACUGUAAUGUCCCCAUACACUGAAUAACUGGACAAAAUGCUUUUGCUGCAGAGAUGUUUCGCAAAAGGUUGUAUUCAUGUGAUGUUGUUUUUUUCUAGUACACCCAUCAAAUUAUAUAAAGUUUUAAAAUGAAUACCUUCCAUACUGUGUUCAUAAAUCAACAAAGCACACUGGAAAAACAGCCAUAUGCAUAUGUAAUAUUGUAAGUAUAAAUCAAUGCCUUAUUUAUGACACCAGCUCGUAAUUAAACGACUGGAGCACUUUCUUACACACUGUAUAAACAUUGUCUAGUAAUCCCAAGCUUUACACUAAGUCUCUUGUUCACUUAAUCCCUAAUGUUUUGUAGCCUGUUGCAUUGCUUUGUAGCUCUGUCUGUGGAUUCAAUGUAGGCCUAUGUCUUCUCUCUCCCUGUGUAAAAAGUACGCCAUCAUUAAGUGUCUUAAGUUUUGUAUGUAAUUUUAAUUUUUGACCAAUAAUUCCUAUGCUCUAAUACUGCAAAUGCAUUCAAUAAAGCUAUAAUUUGU